ACAUUGUAGUUAAUCCUUUUUCUGCCUCUGAUCUGGGGUUUAAGAAGCCUGCUGCCGCUUCAUGGAGCACAUGUCCUCUCCGGUCAGGUUCCACGGCAAUAGAAAAGGAUGACGAGGACAUACAGUUUCCCUAUGCCAUGAGAGACCUGCCUCCCACCUCACAGCCUGGCGAACAUCAACACACAACAGGCCACCAGGUGCCGGUCUAUGGUGAGGCAGAGCGGACUGGGUCAGCAACCAACGGGAGACUCCCCAGCCUUCCUGGGACUCCCAGUCUGCCCCGUCCCAUACCCUGCAACCCCACAGGCUCUAUGACAGCUCCCCCAGGACCAUUUCGCAAGGGAUCGGACUCAGUGUUUCAGCCACUGCCUGUGAGGAGGCAGCUUAUGUCUCAGAGCUCUGUGGACUGUCCGCUCAGCCCAGUCUCCCGUUCACACAGCCCAUGGGGACGCUUUGAUCCCUACGACUCCCCAGAGGAUCAGGACAAGGAGUAUGUGGGUUUUGCUACAUUACCCAAUCAGGUUCACAGAAAAACAGUGAAGAAAGGUUUCACAUUUACACUUAUGGUGGCAGGAGAGUCUGGCCUUGGUAAAUCCACACUGAUCAACAGUCUGUUUCUCACAGACCUCUAUAAAGACCGAAAGGUUCCUAAUGCAGAAGAACGGAUCAAUCAGACAAUAGACAUAAUCAAACACGGCAUUAGCAUUGAGGAGAAAGGAGUCAAAUUGAGGCUCACCAUCAUAGACACACCAGGGUUCGGAGACGCUGUCAACAACACAGAAAGCUGGAAGCCAAUAGAAGACUACAUCGACCAGCAGUUUGAACAGUACUUCAGAGAUGAGAGUGGGUUGAACAGAAGAAACAUUCAGGAUAACAGAGUCCACUGCUGCCUGUACUUCAUCUCUCCAUACGGCCACGGUCUUCGACCUCUGGAUGUGGAGUGUAUGAAGUCCUUGCAUGAAAAAGUCAACAUAGUUCCUGUUUUGGCAAAAGCUGACAGUCUGACACAUGCAGAGGUCUGCAGAAAGAAGAUGAAGAUCCGAGAGGACAUCAAGGAGUUCGGGAUCAACAUCUACCAGUUUCCUGAUUGCGAUUCCGAUGAGGACGAAGACUAUAAGAAACAGGACCAAAUACUAAAGGACAGCAUACCGUUCGCAGUAAUUGGGAGUAACGUUCAGGUGGAGAGUAAAGGUCGCAAGGUCAGGGGUCGUGUCUACCCCUGGGGUGUGGUAGAAGUGGAGAACCCCACUCACUCCGACUUCCUGCUGCUGAGGAACAUGCUGGUGAGGACCCACAUGCAGGAUCUGAAGGACGUGACGCGGGAGACACACUAUGAAAACUACAGAGCCCAGUGCAUCCAGAACAUGACACGCAUGGUGGUGCAGGAGCGGAAACGCAGUUUGCGUGAGAAGCAUCGCGAGGAGAGUGAGACUGAUAUUCCUUUACCGCUGGCCGUCGUCGACACUGAGAAGGAACGACUCAUUUUUGAGAAAGACGAACAGCUGAAGAGGAUGCAGGAGGUGCUGGAGAGGAUUCAGGAGCAGAUGCAGAACAGCCAGAGAGAAGGCUGCUGAUUCUCCCAUAAUUCCCUGGGAGAGGAGAUAAAACAGGAACACCUGAUGCUCAGAGGAGAUGGAGAAUCGCUGACUGUCUCUGAAAAAUGAACCACAACCACUUAACAGUUUGAUUGAUUAUUGUGCUGCAGGAGGGAUCCUAGGUGAGAAUCCAUGUUUAAUGGUGUUUGCCAUCUAGAGGCAGUAGUAGUGACGUCGACCGUUGGGUUUUAAAUCUGUAAACUACAUUUUUCAUUACUUGUGAGUCAAGUUUUGUGUUUUUGUCCUUUUUUUUGUAUUUUUCAUCUUUUGUUCUGACAUUAAUUUGUUGUUUUGUAUGAAUGAUAAAGUCUAAAAACAUCAAUAAAAAAGCUUUCAAACUGCA